AUUAACUCCCUUUUUCUUUCUCCUCUUCGAUUGCUUAUUAUUAUAAACCUGUAAAGAUAGGCAAACAACAGAAAUACCAUGAUGAAUCCUGCAGGAACAACUCCUUCUACUUCUAACUCUAGUUGGGCCUCCCAGGCCCAAUUAGCCUUCAAUUCCGGCCCAUCAAGAAAGCGGAAUUAUAGUAAAAUUCAGUGUGCUCUUCAAUCCACUGUUUCUCCUUCAAUUCUUCAUUUUCCAAACACAAUACAUGACAACAACAAAAACAACAACAAAAAUAACACCAUUUCUAUUACUACUAAACCUGAACCUGUUCAAAAGUGGAAUAUCUUCCAGAAGGUGGCCGCGGCUGCCUUAGACAUAAUUGAAACCGCUCUCGUGACCCGAGAGCGGUCCCAACCACUCCCUAAGACGUCCGACCCCCAGGUGCAAAUAGCCGGGAACUUCGCCCCUGUACCGGAGAUGCCUGUUAAACAAGCUCUCCCUGUAAGCGGAGAAAUUCCGGCUUGCAUUGACGGUGUUUACGUACGAAACGGUGCUAACCCGUUGUUUGAACCAACUGCGGGACAUCAUUUUUUCGAUGGUGAUGGGAUGGUCCAUGCAGUAGCAAUCCACGACGGUGUUGCUAGCUACGCCUGCCGGUUUACAGAAACCAGCAGGCUAGUGCAAGAGCGAGACCUCGGACGAUCCGUGUUUCCGAAAGCCAUUGGUGAGCUUCACGGACAUUCGGGGAUUGCUAGGCUUAUGUUGUUUUACUCUCGAGGGCUUUUCAGUUUGCUAGAUAAUGAACAUGGGAUGGGAGUUGCUAACGCUGGUUUGGUCUAUUUUAAUGACCGAUUACUAGCUAUGUCUGAGGAUGAUAUUCCCUACCAAGUUAGGAUCACCCCGUCGGGUGACCUUAAGACGGUAGGGCGGUUCGAUUUCGAGGGUCAGCUAACAUCGACGAUGAUAGCUCACCCUAAACUCGACCCCGAGACAAAAGAGUUGUUUGCUCUUAGCUACGACGUUUUAAAAGCGCCGUAUCUUAAGUUCUUCAAGUUCACGCAAGACGGCGAAAAAUCACCCGAUAUUGAUAUCCCGUUAAAUGAGCCUACCAUGAUGCAUGACUUCGCUAUUACGAAAAACUUCGUAGUCAUCCCUGACCAACAAGUUGUGUUUAAGAUGAAGGAGAUGAUCACAGGUGGAUCACCCGUUGUGUACGACAAGAACAAAACGUCGCGUUUUGGUGUUAUGCGUAAGGAUGCUAGUGAUGCCUCGGAAAUUACUUGGGUAACUUCACCAGAUACAUUUUGUUUCCACCUUUGGAAUGCUUGGGAAGAGCCGGAAACGGAGGAGGUUGUUGUGAUUGGAUCAUGUAUGACUCCGCCGGACUCGAUUUUCAACGAGUGUGACGAGUGUCUUAAGAGUCUGCUCUCCGAAAUCCGGCUUAAUCUACGGACGGGUGAGUCGACUCGCCGACCUAUUAUUGAUUUAACACAACAUAGUCAUAUAAAUCUUGAGGCUGGCAUGGUGAACCGGAACUUACUAGGGCGAAAAACCCGGUUCGCUUACUUGGCGAUCGCAGAGCCUUGGCCUAAGGUCUCUGGGUUCGCCAAAGUUGAUUUGGUCACGGGUGAGGUAAAAAAGUUUAUGUACGGUGGUGAAAAGUACGGUGGUGAACCCUUCUUUUUACCCCGUGACAAUACUAUUUUCGAAGAUACGGAAGAUGAUGGUUAUGUCAUGGGAUUUGUUCAUGACGAGGAGAAAUGCAUUUCCGAAUUAUUGAUCGUGAAUGCACAAAGUUUAGAGCUUGAAGCGUCCGUUAAAUUGCCUUCAAGAGUUCCUUAUGGAUUUCACGGUACCUUCGUAAGAUCCGAGGAUUUGAGUCAUCAAGCUUAACGGAUUUCCGUCGAAGCUAAGUUCAUACGAAGCAUAUUAUACCUCUAUUCGGAAUUAUUUGUCAUAUUAUAUAAUCAAUUUAUGUGACAAUCAUUUCUGAAUAGGAAGAGUAGUUUUCAUCUCCUUUUUUUUUUUCUCUGUUUUCGAAUAAGAAAAGACGAGUAAAAAUUAUACAUGAUGAGAUGACGGAUGAAACGAGGCGUCCCCGCCUCCCCGGUCCCGGUACUUUCCUAGACAUCUACUUCAGCCAAAUAUGUUUUUACUUCGAGUACAUUUUUGGCUUAGAUUUUAUUUUUUGACUUUUGUUGGAGGACCAACAACUUUAAUUAGAUCAAUAUUUGGACAUUAGUAGAGGACUAGUUAGGAAUUAGUGUUUUUUUUUUUCUUUUUUUAAUUGGUAGUGAGUGUGAAAUAUCACUAGUGUAGAUAAUUAUUUGUGUUGCAAUUUUUGCAGCUGAAAUUUCUGCUGCCUUGCUCAUUUUAUUGUUUAGGCAAGCGAUUGAUCAAUUUUAACACCAUUUUUCUAUAUCUUAAUUCUCUAACAAAUUUAAUCAGCAGUUUAGUUGCUUUGUUUUCGGGUUUAAUUAAGAAGCUUAUUUGUUUCCUUCAUAGAAAAAAACAUAUCCCGUUUAAUCUUUGAUACAAGAAAC